AUGCGCUUGUGGGCUAAACUGACCGCCCCAGCCAUGCUCUCUGAAAACAAGAGAAGACUCAGGUGCUCCAGUGUUUUCUUGACCGUGUGCAUUCUUUUCAACUGUGUAACAGGAACUGAGCCCUCUCUUUUCCUCCAAGUUUCAGGGGCAGUGAAGGUAUCAGUGGCGGCUGGCAGCAUCCAAGUGGUGCAAGGAGGAAGUGUCCUUUUGCCAUGCCACUUCCACACCACGGCGCCUCUGAACCGCCUCAACAUCAUCUGGACAGUUGUCCCAGCUGCAGACCCCAACCACCCACAACAAGUACUUGCCUACGAACAGGGAGAAGUGGUGGAGAGCGUCUCCCACUAUACAGGCCGGGUGGCCUUUGCCUUCUCACCGACCCAGAGUGCCACCAUCGUCCUGAAUGACACGCGCAGCUCAGACAGCGGCUCUUACCAAUGCAGCGUGAUGAACCCACCAGAUACCGCCACACCCAACAUUGGGGUCAUCCGGCUCACUGUGUUUGUGCCACCGUCUAAUCCUAGAUGUUCCAGUGAAGGCAGUGGAGACGAGGGAGGCACUCUUCAGUUCUCAUGCACAGUUGAUGAAGGAACGCCCGCACCUGCUUUUGCUUGGGAGAAGAUUCCGCCCACCACACAGCCCUUGGUGACCCGUUACGAAGACGACCACCACAUCUUCCUGACCUUCCACAACCUGACGACAGAGGCCUCUGGGCUUUACCGCUGCACGGCCUCCAAUAUGCUGGGCUCCGUCUCCUGCUCCUUGGAGCUGCGAGUACAUGGUGCCCCUCGCAGCAGCACCUCCCUGGUGGUGGGGAUUACCCUCAUGCUCAUCAUGGGCCUCGUUCUGCUUACCCUCUUUGCUCUGGUCCUGUGGCUACAUCGUCACAGCUGGAACAAGUGGGAAGAGGACGACUCGUACAACGAAAUCAGACUCGACAAUCUCUCAUUGGGACGACUGAUUGUUACCAAGAGCCCCCCUGGGGACCUUUCCGCAUCCAGCCCCGCGACCCAGCCACUCUGGAUCUUCACGAGCUCCACCCCCAACACCACCUAUGCCCAUCGUGAGUGGAGACCCCAGCCCGGGACUGCGAGCCAGGUCACGCUUCCAGGAGGGCUGAGACAGCCCCCAUCGGCACACCGGGGAAGGCUGAGAAGUGGCAGCCUCUAUGAGCAACACGGAUCCUCAUCCGGAAGCGAGGAAGAGAAGCAGCCCUUGCCCGGCCCCUCCCAGAAGCCUACAGGAUUCCUGGUGUAG